AAAACACUUACCGUCGGCUCUUGCUGUAGUUGCUGGAUGUCUUUAGGAUACAAAUAAAUCUGUAUUCAUUAGAAGCGCCUGACAUCUCGUUUACAGCAAUGGGUACCCAACAUCAGAUUCUCAUCUCCUUGUCUCCCUAAAGGACUCAUUCACGAGUGCCAAAAAGGACAAGGCUCUACUUCUGCGGUGACUGCAGACCUCUUAUCCUCCUCGAUCCCCAUCACCUUCUAAUCAUGGAUGAUACAGUUCCACGUGACACAUCCCUCAUUAAAGGAGCCAGAGACAUUGCUAAGGUGGCCAAACGACAAGCUGUUAAGAAGGUCAGCAAAGUUGUGGACCGUGCCUCAGAUGAGUACUCCCACAGUCGUGCUUACCACCGCUUCCAAGACGAAGAUGACAACAACUACAGCCAACUGGAUGGGAACUACACAGGCGAUCAUGCCAACGAUGAAGAGGGCUCCAGUGACGCCACAGAGGGUCAUGAUGAUGAGGAUGAGAUAUAUGAAGGGGAGUACCAGGGGAUCCCCUCGGAUGCAAAGCCCAGAGAUGGGCAGGUGGCUCUGGGGAAAUCUCUGGCAGACAGCCUGAAGGGCCGGCGAGAACUGGAGAGUGAGAGGCAGGCGGAUGAGGAGGAACUGGCCCAGCAGUAUGAGUUGAUCAUACGGGAGUGUGGACAUGGGAGGUUUCAGUGGCAGCUGUUCUUCACACUGGGGUUCGCGCUCAUGUCGGACGGUGUGGAGGUGUUCGUGGUGGGCUUUGUUCUGCCUAGUGCAGAGAUGGAUAUGUGUGUUCCUGACUCAAGCUCUGGUUGGCUAGGCAGCAUUGUGUACCUGGGGAUGAUGGUAGGGGCCUUCUUCUGGGGGGGCAUGGCUGACAAGGUGGGCAGACGGCAGUGUCUGCUCAUAUGCAUGUCCAUGAAUGGCUUCUUCGCCUUCCUGUCAUCCUUUGUGCAGGGCUAUGGCUUCUUCCUGCUCUGUCGCAUGAUAGCUGGCUUUGGAAUUGGUGGAGCAGUUCCCAUUGUCUUCUCAUACUUUGCUGAGGUGUUGUCAAGAGAGAAGCGUGGAGAGCACCUGAGUUGGCUUUGCAUGUUCUGGAUGAUUGGAGAAAUCUAUGCCUCAGCCAUGGCCUGGGCCAUCAUACCUCACUACGGCUGGAGUUUCAGUAUGGGUUCAGCCUAUCAGUUUCACAGCUGGAGGGUGUUUGUGGUGGUGUGUGCUUUCCCAUGUGUCUGUGCUGUGGUGGCUUUAACCUUCAUGCCAGAGAGCCCCAGGUUCUACUUGGAGGUGGGGAAGCACGACGAGGCCUGGAUGAUCCUCCAGCACAUUCAUGACACAAACAUGCGGGCCCGUGGACAGCCCGAGAAAAUCUUCACCGUGAACAGAAUUAAGAUGCCAAAACAGAUUGAUGAGUUUGUAGAGAUGCAGACCGAUGGCAACUUUUUCUCUAAAGUGAUCUUCAGAGUAAAGACUGAACUUCAUGGGAUUUGGUUGAAUUUCUUGAAGUGUUUUAAUUAUCCAGUGAAAGACAGUACAGUGAAGCUAGCGAUUGUGUGGUUUACACUGUCAUUUGGGUAUUAUGGUUUAUCUGUGUGGUUCCCUGAUGUCAUCAAACACCUUCAAGCCAAUGAAUAUGCCUCCAAAGUACAAAGGCAUUCCAACGAAUGUAUUGAAGACUUCACCUUCAAUUUCACCCUAGAAAACCAGAUACACACUAAUGGCUUAUUUGUCAAUGACAGGUUUAUUAGUAUGAAAUUCAAGUCAGUCACUUUCAUCAAUUCCACCUUUCAAAGCUGCUUUUUUGACGAUGUGACCUCAGUGGGAUCAUUCUUUCGAAACUGCACAUUCGUUCAGGCUGUCUUCUAUAACACUGAUAUUGAUGACUCCAAACUUAUAAACACGGACAUUGUAAACAGCACAUUUUACCACAACAAAACUGGCUGUCAAAUGACGUUUGAGGAUGAUUAUAGUGCUUACUGGGUCUACUUUGUCAAUUUCUUGGGAACACUGGCUGUGCUGCCUGGCAACAUUGUAUCUGCUCUUCUCAUGGACAAAAUUGGCCGCUUGUCUAUGUUAGGAUUUUCCAUGAUCCUAUCUGGUAUCAGCUGCUUCUUCCUGUGGUUUGGCACCAGUGAGUCUAUGAUGAUUGGGAUGCUGUGCCUGUACAAUGGACUGAGUAUCUCCGCCUGGAACUCCCUGGACAUCGUGACAGUUGAACUUUAUCCUACAGACAGAAGAGGCACUGGAUUUGGCUUCUGUAAUGCAUUGUGCAAACUAGCUGCAGUGAUGGGCAAUCUGAUUUUUGGCUCUUUAGUGGGUAUAACCAAAGCCAUUCCGAUUCUUCUGGCCUCAUCAGUGCUCGUCGGUGGUGGUUUGGUGGGAUUGCGACUACCUGACACCAGGUCCAAUGUCCUCAUGUAAACCUUGUGUCAGAGGUAUGGAGAAAUUCAAAAGGCUUGACUUAACCCUCAUUUCUCAUUACAGUGCAUUGUGCACUUCUUUAUACAAAUUCUUUUACUUUUUUGUGAUGUUUCUACAGGACGAAGAUAGGAAACAGUAGUUUAGUUACAUUAUGGACCUUAUUCACAGCAGCGACAUAUUUGAUUUUUGACAGAAUGACAAUGAGGCUGUGAGGGAUAGACGUACAGUCUCUUCCAUGGGUUGUACAGUUGUUUAAAGUGUUUUUGGAAUGUUCUGCUAACUAAACUUUGAAAAAAUCUCUUUCCAAGAAAUUUCAGUAGACAAAAAAAAAAAAAAAAAAAA